CCCUCUGCAAUGCAGUCACCCCACAGUCCCACACUUCUUUGCCUCCCUUUCAUCUCCCCCUUUCCCACUCUCCGCCAUCCAUUCGUCCGAUUAAACAAAGAGAAUGACCGCCGAGAUUCUCUCGAACCAAAACGGGGUCGUUUCCAACGGAGAUCUGAAUAAGAAAAUCUCUAACCCUAAUCCGUCCUCCGCCUCCAAGAAGUCCCGCGAGAGCGAACGACGUCGUCGCAGGCGCAAGCAGAAGAAGAACAAGAAGACCUUCCAGAUUGAAAAUGACGCUGCAAACGGUAUGGUUUUCGAAACCGACGAUAGCUAUGCCGGCGAAGAUGAAACGAAUGAGAACUCCGAUCAUCAGCAGUUGACGGAAGUCAAGGAACAAGUUGUGGUUGAGUACGUUCCCGAAAAAGCUGAGUUAGAUGAUGCUAUUGAUGAGGAAUUUAGGAAGGUUUUUGAAAAAUUCAGCUUCUGGGAAGCUGCUGGUUCUGAGGAGACGGAUAAGAAGGACGAGUCUGCUCAAGAUGCAGAUGCGAAGAAGAAGGCUGAUUCUGAUUCAGAAGAGGAAGAACAGGAUAAUCAACAGAAAGAGAAAGGCGGCCUAUCAAAUAAGAAGAAGAAGCUACAAAGGCGGAUGAAAAUUGCUGAAUUGAAACAGAUUUGCUCAAGGCCUGAUGUUGUAGAGGUUUGGGAUGCAACCGCUGCAGAUCCUAAGUUGCUGGUGUUUUUGAAGGCAUAUCGAAAUACUGUUCCUGUGCCAAGGCAUUGGUGUCAGAAAAGGAAAUAUUUGCAGGGAAAGCGUGGUAUUGAGAAGCAACCUUUUCAGCUUCCUGAUUUCAUUGCUGCGACAGGAAUUGAGAAAAUUAGACAGGCUUACAUUGAGAAAGAGGACAGUAAGAAGUUGAAACAAAAGCAACGUGAGCGUAUGCAGCCAAAGAUGGGGAAAAUGGAUAUCGACUAUCAGGUUCUCCAUGAUGCAUUCUUUAAAUACCAGACAAAGCCAAAGCUGACAACUCACGGGGAUCUCUAUCAUGAAGGGAAAGAAUUUGAGGUAAAGCUGAGGGAGAUGAAGCCAGGCUCUCUAUCACAUGAAUUAAAAGAAGCUCUUGGUAUGCCAGAGGGUGCUCCACCCCCAUGGCUUAUCAAUAUGCAGAGGUAUGGUCCUCCACCAUCUUACCCACAUUUGAAAAUACCAGGGCUAAAUGCACCCAUCCCUCCUGGAACAAGCUUUGGUUAUCACCCUGGUGGUUGGGGCAAACCUCCUGUAGAUGAGUAUGGACGGCCUUUGUAUGGAGAUGUUUUUGGAGUUCAGCUGCAAGACCAACCCAACUAUGAGGAGGAGCCUGUUGAUAAGUCAAAGCAUUGGGGUGACUUGGAGGAAGAGGAAGAGGAAGAGGAAGAAGAAGAGGAAGAAGAGGAAGAGCAGAUUGAGGAAGAGGAGUUAGAGGAUGGAAUUCAAUCUGUUGAUAGCCUUUCAAGUACUCCUACUGGUGUUGAGACACCUGAUGUCAUUGACCUUCGUAAACAGCAGAGAAAGGAGCCUGACAGGCCUCUUUACCAAGUACUUGAAGAAAAAGAAGAGAGGAUUGCCCCUGGGACUUUACUUGGCACAACACACACGUAUGUGGUUAACACUGGCACCCAAGACAAGUCCGCAGCUAAAAGGGUUGAUCUUCUUAAGGGUCAAAAAUCUGACAGGGUGGAAGUCAGCCUACAGCCAGAGGAGUUGGAAGUUAUGGACAACGUGUUGCCUGCAAAGUAUGAAGAAGCUAGGGAGGAGGAGAAGCUACGAAGUCAGCGUGAGGACUUUAGUGAUAUGGUGGCUGAGAAUGAGAAGAAAAGGAAGCGUAAGAUGCAGGAGAAAGAGGGGAAAUCCAAGAAAAAGGAUUUCAAAUUCUAAGGAAACCAAGAAUUUUUUCCUGGUGUUAUGUUUUUGUAUGUGGAGAAUCGAAGAUGUACUGAUUUCGCUUUGCAAUCAAAACGUUUACUGUAGGAUCCGUUGGCGUUGCGUUCUAAAAUAUCUAUAUAUGUCAAUUAUAUCUAUAGGGCUAUAACUCACUCAUAUCCUCCCCUACUUUGCAAAAUAUUUAUUAUUACUCCCAAUCCGUUUUGACGACUAGGGGUAGGAGUUUUGACGAGCUGAAUUGAAAACUGAUUAUCCUAUCUCCUCCAAGGCGUCUGAAGAAUGAGUAUCUAUUACUUAAUGUUGCUAUUGUUUCUCCUUUCCUUGUGUACUAGAAAAACUUGUUCGUGUAAGUUAGACGGGAAAUCAACGUUAACUACACUUUAAUUAAUCGUUAUUAAUCUUCAUUACCUCUUACUUUAAUCUCUACAUGCUAGCUUAAUAAUUAAUAAGCCGAUUGUUUGGAUGAAACGAAAGUAAUUUGCACGCCAUUCACUACUAGGUGAGCUCAUGCCAGAGUAAAUAGUUUCAAAAUUUCCCCCUCGGUGUGCACAACCAUAAAGCCUAAAAGGGAAAUUAUUGCAAUUGAAAAUAAAAAUGUUUUGCUUUUGCAAAUCGAUAUUAUUAUGCGAAGAAAAUUCACGUGUGUAGAGAGUAGGCCAGACGCG